CUGUCCUCUCGUUGGUCCUUGCAGCAGAGCCGAAUGGAGGAUCGCCUGGACCGGUUGGACGAUGCCAUCCACAUCCUGCGCAACCACGCGGUGGGGCCCUCGUCCAGCUUGCCCAGCAGCCACGGGGACCUGCACGGGCUCCUGGGGCCCGCGGCCCACAGCGGACUGGUCGCUGCCUUGGGCUCAGGCUACAGCUCGCCCAACCUGGGGCCUUCAGCCAGGACAACUUCAAUGACAGCCAGCCAUCGGGAUGAAGCGGCGAAUGUCCACUCUAGCUUGUCCGGACUGCCCAGUGUGGUGUCUGCUGCGCUUGCAGCAGCUGGGCUCAACCACCAAGCCCAGGACGUGUGUCGAGCGUUCACAUCGGGAGCGCAGGCCCUCGUAUCCGCCAUUGCGGCGGAGGCUAAAGGCGACGACAAGGAGAAGGAGAACAGCCUGAGCUCCCAACUGGAAGACGACUUAUCCGACGAUGAUGACGGGGAUGAUCCCAGGAAAGACAAGUCAGGCCGCAGCCGAUCCAGCAAUCAUGAGGAUGACGACCUGAAUCCGGAGCAGAAGGCGGAGAGGGAGAAGGACCGGAGGAUGGCCAACAACGCCCGCGAACGCCUGCGCGUACGGGACAUCAACGAGGCCUUCAAGGAGCUGGGCCGCAUGUGCCAACUUCACAUGAAGAACGACAAACCACAGACAAAGCUUCUCAUCCUCCACCAGGCCGUCUCUGUCAUACUGGGCUUGGAGCAACAAGUCAGAGAGCGGAACUUAAACCCUAAAGCUGCAUGCCUUAAGAGAAGAGAGGAGGAGAAGAUCUCGAACGUUGAAUCCACAACUCAGCAUUUGGUGGUCCACCAGGGGAUAGGCGAUAGUGCCAACCCCAUGGGUCAUAUGUGAAGCAGGGCGGAAAUCACAAGUGGUCUUCAUGAAUUAAACGGACAGGCCCUUAAGGAGUAGGGAAAGGCGUCUGAUAUUGCAACGCCCCAAUGUUGGAAUUCUGCUUCCCCGACAGCUGACGGGAGAAAAUGGGAAUGCGGAAAGCAUUCUAGUGCGUCUUUAAUCCUCUUGACGGUCAAAACAUUUCAAUUCCAGUCCCGAUGGAACGAAAGAUGCCGGCUUAAGGCCGAAGAUAGGCACAAGAAUCCGGAGUAACUUAGGCAAGGUCAGACAGCAACUCAGGUAACUCGACCCGAAACGUCGCCCGUUCCUUCUCUCCAGGGAUGCUGCCUCACCCGCUGAGUUACUCCAGCAUUCUGUGUCCACCAGGGUCAGACAGCAUCUCCGGACAAUAGACAGAGGAGUAGGCCAUUCGGCGCUUCGAGCCUGCACCGCCACUCAAUGUGAUCAUGUCUGAUCAUCCCCAAUCAGUACCCCGUUCCUGCCUUCUCCCCAUAUCCCCUGACUCCGCUAUCUUUAAGAGCCCUAUCUAGCUCUCACUUGAAAGCUUCCAGAGAACCGGCCUCCACCGCCCUCUGAGGCAGAGAAUUCCACAGACUCACAACUCUCUGUGAGAAAAAGUGUCCGUUCUAAAUGGCCGAACCCUUAUUCUUAAACUGUGUGUGGCCCCUGGUUCUGGACUCCUCCAACAUCGGGAACAUGUUUCCUGCCUCUGGCGUGUCCAAACCCUGAACAACCUUAUACGUUUCAAUAAGAUUCCCUCUCAUCCUUCUAAACUCCACAGAGUGUACAAGCCCACAGCCGCUCCAUUCUCUCAGCAUUUGCAGGUUAAUUGGCUUGGUACGAGUGUGUAGAAUAGUGUUAGUACUUUUCAAAGAGGUUCUCCCCUCAUCCUUCUAAACUCCAGCGAGUACAGGCCCAACGCCGAUAAACGCUCAUCGUCCGUUAACCCACUCAUUCCCGGGAUGGUUCUUGUAAACCCUCUCCUUGCAUCUCACGUUUUUUAGCUGUGCGUAGAAUAUCCCUGAGGCCAACCGUGAAGAGAGACACACACAGUGUGUUGGAACACCAUCACCCACGAGAUCCCCCAUCAGCUGAUGCACACGCACUCCCGAUUCGGAACACAAUUCCGACAUUCCUUCCGACUCCACUCCAGGCCAAACCCCAAUUGGACCCAUCCACCCUCCUAACGGCAGGUUGCAAUAACAAUUGCCGCUGCCUUUCCAGUCCAUCAGGCUCCAGAUGUACUACAAUGUCCCCUCUGUGUGUUCUUCCCCCUCCCCUUCCCACAUCCAUGAAUUCAACGAGAAAGCUGAGAUUUCCACUGGGGAUAAAAAAACAUAGAUUGGACACAGAAAGCCGGGGUAACUCAGCGGGUCGGGCAGCAUCUCCGGAGAAAAGGAACAGGUGACAUUUGUUUCGGAGACGCCGUCCCUCGGGAGGCGCUGCCCGACCGGCUGAGUUACUCCAGCUUUUUUGCGCCGACAUCUCCGGGUUUAAACCAGCACCUGCAGUUCCUUCGAUCCCGCGCGACAAUUUCCGAUUGUUUUCGCGUUUGGAACUCUUCCCGGAAACGCAUUCCCGAAUACAGUAUUCCUGGAAUAUCCCUCCCUCUCUCUCUGCUGCUUUUCGCAACCCGUCCAUUCCUUUUCAAGGCCCCUCAGCCGGGAACUAGGACAAAUCUUUAUCUUAAUAGAGAUGAGAAGCUAAGGAACUCUCCUUUAGUGACUAACCCGGAGGCAAAAUGGAAAAGAGAUCACAGCAGAUCUGACGUCCGACAAAAAAUGACUGACGAAACCACAACGUGAGAGAAGGAAUGCCAAUGUUAUGAGCAAAGGCCUUUCGUCGCAGUUAUAGAGCAGCAACACUGCUCUGCGAUAAAAGAGGCUAUCCUUGCUCGUUCCAGUCAGAAGUGGUUAGCGUGUUAUCGUUUGAUUAGAAAAUAUGGCCUAGUGCGGCCUGUUUGCUCCUCGCAAGCCUGAAGAGAAGAGGGCGCACAAAAAUGGCCGCUGCAUCUCAGGAAACGUCUUCCGGGCUCCGGGCAACGGACCGCGAGAAUUCCCCGAAGACGCCAGCCGCAAAAAAAAAAUAAAAAUAAGUGCGAGUGUGAUUUACAAAAAAGAGAAUCGAAAUCCAACCUAUUUUUCACUAUUCCUAAGGUUUUAUACAAUAAUAAUCUUUCUUACAAAGAA